AUGAGCGGAUUCUUCGCGUCCAACGAAACUACACGUUGGGGCGGUCUGUUAAAACAGGCUAUAUCGAAUGUUGAAACGACAUUUGACACUCUGCUGGAACAGAAUUCUCAAAACGCACAAAGCUCGCAAAAUCGUGGAGCUGCCAAUGAUGCCAAUGCCGAAGUGGAAACGUACGUCGACCCUAUUACGGGCGAUGUCACUAUUGUUCAACGACAGAAGAAAGUUCCUAAAAAUAUAACCCCUGCUUCGACAAGCACACCAUCGCCUGCAUCACCCACCCAUAUACCACGUCAAAGUAGCGAUUUAUCUGCACGUCUUGCGGCAGUAAUGGCUGACAAAGCCGGUGCCCGACGAUCGACAUCAUCACGACCUUCGUCCAUUAUUUCCACCAGUUCAGACACCAAAAAUGAUUCACCCGCCGUACCUUUGACCAGUGUUUCUCAGGACGACCAUGUUGCUGAAAGUCCCAAACAACCAUCGGCAUCGCCUGCACCUAGUAACGCUGAGCAGCCACAUGAAAAGCCGCUGAACGAUGAAGCGAUACCCAUUGAAAAUUUCGCGGAUAAUGCACCCAAUAACGUAUCGGAGGAACAAGUUACUGCAGCAUUAAACAACGCACUGCCAUUUUCAGAAACGGCAGAAGGUGGUGUUACAACAGAAACAGCAAAAGCCAGUCUUAAUACAGAUGCAAAAGAAAGCGACCAUAAUAACGAAACGAAGAAGGGCGAUCUUAAAAAAGAAAUGACAAAAGAGGAUCCUGAUGCAGAAACGAGCAAAGACGACCUUAAUACAGAAGCAACAGAAGACGGCGUUGAUAAAGAAACAACGGAAGGUGGCCCAAAUUUACAAGUAGAAGCAGGUACCGAAACGUCUCGAGAUCUUGAUCGCAUCUUGGAGCAAAGAGAAAAGCAAUUACUGCAAGCUAUGGAAACAAUUGCCAAGCUUCAUGAUCAGAUGCAUCAAACACAGAAGGAGCAUGAAAGCGAAAUCAAGGAAAUCGAAAAGCUUUUACUGAAAGCACAAGAGUCCAGCGGUAAAUCUUCUGGACCAUCCAAUUAUCAGAUGAAAAAGCUCGAAAAUACUAUCAACGAUCUGAAGCGCCAAAUUUCUACCAAGGACGAGCAAAUUCAGGGUUUAAUGAAUGAGGGUGAAAAGCUGUCGAAGAAUGAACUAAAGCAUUCUAAUACCAUCAAGAAACUUCGAGCCGAAAAAAAUGAUCAAGAAAAGACCAUAACCGAGAUGCAGAAAAAGAUUGACAAGACAAGCGCAGAUCUGGUAGAUGCCAAUGCAAAGUACAUGAAAUUAAGUGAAGGAGAAAAGCGGCUUCAAGAAUCUGUAUCUACGCUUUCCACACUGACAGAGGAGCAGACAAGGCAUAUCAAUAAACUGGAAACAGAAGCUUUGGCCGCCAAAGAUCGGUAUACACAGUUACAGGCUAAGCUUGAUUCGACAUUGGAAGGCCUGGAAGAAGACAAGAGCAAAGCGAAGCGUGAAUCAGAAGAAGCUCACGCAGCGGCGUUGGAAAAAGAAAUCAAAGCCAACGAUAGGCUGCAUAAAGAAAUGUCCAAGGUUCGCGAAUUGCAAAUCGCGCUCCAGAGAGCCGAAGAGCAAUCUGGUAGUCGAGAGGAUAAUUUGCGCUCCGAGAUAGCAGAAUUGCAACAACGGCUUCAGCUUGCUGAGAACCACGUCAAUGAUAUUAGUACAGAUGUUGAAGAAGCCACAGCACCUUUAUUGCGACAGAUCGAGCAAUUACAAACUCAGCAUUCAUUGACUGUAAAGAGUCGAGAUCAGACAGAACAAAGUUUGAUCCUUCGAUUGCAAGAAGCAGAACAGGAACGUGAUAAAGUCAACAAGACGCUGGAAACGCUGCGUGCUGAACAUGCAUCCAUGAGUGAACGCCUCGGCAAAUGUGAGACGGAGCUCAUGGCAGAAAGGCAGGUAAAAGCAACAAUAGCAGCACAGUUGGAAGAACAGCAGCUCGCCAAAUCGAUGCUUGAAUCUCGCUUGGCAGAUAUGGAAGAGCAUGCCGAAUCACGUUCCACAGACGUUGGUAAAGAUGCUGAAUACUGGAAGAACUAUUACGAGGCGCAGAUGCAGGAAGCAGUCGAAGCGGAAGCAAAGAAAUGGCAGCAGAAACUGAAUGAAGAACGAGCAAAUUCAGAGUCCUCAUCGCCUUCUCCAGCACCAUCCGAUGAAAAAUCGCUCACCGACUAUGAAAAACGGAACUGGCUGGCCCAUCUUCCUUACGUGAAUGGACAAGACGUCUCCUAUGUCAACUCAAGUCCUCGAUCAAGUAUUGAUGAUACCAGUAGUCGAUCAGGCGCCUAUACCAGUUCUCGUCAUCCCAGAGUUGUGAUUGACCGAUACGAAGCCUCCAUUCGACAGUUGGAGAAUCAAUUGGAAUUCCGUAAUACCCAAUUUGAUAGCUUGACACAAUCGCGAGAUGAGUUGGCGGAAGAAGUGUUGCAGAUGACCUUGGAAAUGGAGAAACUGUAA